ACCCACAAAAUGUAAUGGCCAAUUUGUCUGUUUCGUCAGAGAUUGGGUGUAACCGUCGCUCUAUAAAUCCGAGACCCCAAAAGCCAAAACUUUCCCUCUUCGUCUGGUCUAUUUCUUCUGUUCAUAAACAUUGAAACUCUCUGAGAAAGAUGUGUGGUGGUGCAAUCAUAUCUGAUUUCAUUGCUGUGAAGCGUGUUCGGAACUUGACCGCUGAAGACCUUUGGUCUGAACUGGACACCUUCUCGGACCUGUUAGGUUUGGACUACAAUGGCAAAGACUUUUUUGACAACAAGGUCGGUUCAAAAGGAAAGCAACUUCACAAAGAUUGUGUUUUUAUCUAUUCUUUUUUAGUGACUAGCGAGAGGACCCAGAAGACAAACCGAGUCACAGAAAAAGAGGGAAAGACUCAGCGGACACGGAAGAAUGUUUACAGAGGAAUCAGGCAAAGGCCAUGGGGGAAAUGGGCAGCUGAGAUUAGAGACCCUCACAAAGGCGUCCGAGUCUGGCUUGGUACCUAUAACACAGCUGAAGAAGCAGCUCGAGCUUACGAUGAAGCCGCGAAGCGCAUCCGUGGAGACAAAGCCAAGCUCAACUUCCCUCGAGCUCCAGCUGAAGCUGCAACCCCAACUCAGCCUCCUGCUAAGAAAAGGUGCAUCUCUCCUGAGUCGACUCAGGCGAGUUUUGAGACCACUGGCUCACCACCCCCACGAACGCCCCAACCCUAUAUGGGUUUUGGGUAUGAAAAUGAAGUUUAUAGGCCGUGUGGAGCACUGCAGAGUGAGUUGGAGCUGAAAGAGCAAAUCUCGAGCCUGGAAUCAUUCCUGGGUUUGGAGCCUGAUGAGACUACUAUUCAGCUGAGUGGAAACGGUGAGCCUGACUCAGUGGACCUUUGGAUGCUUGAUGACCUCGUGACACAUCAUCAGCAACAGCGCCAGCUUGCUUAUUAGAGGAAAAACAAAACAAACUACUAAUAAAUCAUGUUUAUGUGUUAAUUAGGGGUUUUUAAGUACUUAUCCUAGCUCAUGUUUUGUUUAUGUUAUUAUGUUAUGACUAUGAUGUUUGUAUCAAUGCAUAGUAAAUAUGAAAAUAAAGGAUUAGUGUGUUGCAUUUGGUUUUAA